AUGACUGCCUCAUACAUACCGCCUUUCGCCCUAGUCACUGGCUGCAACAGUGGCAUCGGCGAGCAACUUGCCAUCGCCCUCGCCAAAAACAACUUUACAGUCUUCGCCACAGCCAGACGUGCUGAGUCUUUGAACAAGCUUACAGGUCAACAUGCAAACAUAAUCGCACUACCUUUAGAGCUUGGUGACUCAACGAGCAUAGAAAGGCUUAGAGACUCGGUCACCAAAUACACCGAAGGACGCCUAGACCUACUCUUCAACAAUGCGGGGAUGCACUACGCGGCACCGGCAACAGACAUUGACGUCAACGAAGUCAUGAAGCUAUUCACGAUCAAUGUUGUAGCUGUCAUGCACAUAUGCCAGGUCUUCAUCCCACUUUUGCGAAAGGCUCCUCGACCUCGCAUUGUUCAGAUUGGGAGCGUUACACGCGAUGUUCCUGUUGUAUGUCAGUCGGUGUAUAAUGCUUCCAAGGCGGCUCUCAGUCAGUAUACAAAGACUCUUCGAGUAGAACUAAGGCCUCUUUCCAUCGAGGUUAUAGAGGUUGUGACCGGCUUUGUACGCAGCAACAUCCUUCGCGACGGUGUUCUCAUCUCUGAAGACUCUUUAUACCGACCUAUUAAAAGUACUGUCGAGGAUGUUAAGAAUGGAGGAAACAAGAACGGCAUGCCCGCAGACGAAUAUGCUCGUGCUGUGGUGCGCCAAAUUCUUGGCAAGACUUAUAAGCGAGAGGUAUGGGAAGGUCAUCGGUCGCGAAUAUUACGUUUCAUGGUCACAUUUUUCCCGUUAUGGUUAAUGGACUUUACCCUUUUCAUGUCCUUCAAGUUGCAUCUUGUGAGGUCUUAA